AAGGGUGACCCAUUGACCCACUUUUCAUCCCCUCGUGACGCAAUCGUAUUGAUUAUUUUACUCAUUCUUUUGCAAAAGCUUCAUUCUUCGUAGUCGUAAGGCUGCGAAAAUGGGAAACUGUGAGACGUGGCAGGAAUUUCGUUUUAAAAAAUAUUAAAAUCGUAAAGGUUAUUGUGAUCGAUAGGAAAAUGAAGUGUGUUAUGUAAUAAUCAUCUUGAUAAUUCAAGAUAUCACAUCUAGCAAGCAUCUGUCGAUGUCAAUUUCGUGUUUGUGUUUUUGAAUACAAGAAUCAUUUCGAUUUUCUUGCAAAAAAAAAAGGAAACGCGUAAAUUUAUGAUUUUGUUUGUUUGAGUUCGAGGUUUCCACAAAUUCGCUUUGUCACCGUUUAUAUUCAUCAUUAAUCUUCUUCAAAAUGCGUAUGAAAGCUGGACGCUGUCCAUCUGACAACUUAUCUCUAACCAACAAAGCAGUAGUCAAUGAAUAUGAUUUCGAAAGCAAUGUCAAAUACAUAGAAGUCAACACAAAUUCUGGUCAUCACUAUGUUUUCACGGUUUGCAUGGAUAAGAAUGUUGACCGAGGAACAAUUGGUUUUUCUUUACCUCAAAGAAAAUGGGCUGAAUUGUCAUUAAAUCAGGAUAUUGAAGUGAAACCGUGCAAUGUGUCAGAAUGCUUAUGUCUCAUAGUUGUGGAAGCUGAUUUCAUCGCAAAGAAAGCGUAUGAAAAUAUAAUUAUAAUUUCGAUUAAAUUUAUGGUACCUAUAUUGAAAGUUUUGUUUAAUUUUCACAGAGCUACUACGGAAGCAUAUGAUACCGAUCAGAUGGCUAAGGAAUUUCUCGUGCAAUUUUCUGGUAUGGCAUUUUCAUGUGGACAGCAAUUGGUUUUUCAGUUCCAGGAUAAAAAACUUCUAUCGCUGACCGUGAAAAGUUUAGAAGCUGCCGAUCUGAGUGCAAUAAAAGCUGGAAGAGAAUCCAAGCCUCGUCCUGCAAAGUUAGGACGCUGUCUCGCGGAUACUAUUAUCCAGUUUGAAAAAGCAGAAGGUUCUAGUAUCAACUUAAUAGGAAAAUCGAAAGGCAAAAUUGUGCGACAGUCUAUCAUUAAUCCAGAUUGGGAUUUCAAUAAAAUGGGAAUCGGUGGUUUAGAUAGAGAAUUCAACGCUAUUUUUAGAAGAGCUUUUGCGUCCAGAGUUUUUCCUCCCGAAGUUGUGGAACAGCUAGGAUGUAAACACGUCAAGGGUAUAUUGCUGUAUGGACCUCCGGGAACUGGUAAAACAUUGAUGGCUCGACAAAUUGGUAAAAUGUUAAAUGCUCGAGAACCAAAAAUCGUAAAUGGUCCUCAAAUACUGGAUAAAUAUGUUGGAGAAUCUGAAGCAAAUAUUCGUCGAUUGUUUGCGGACGCUGAAGAAGAAGAAAAGAGGGCUGGUCCCAAUAGCGGUUUGCACAUUAUUAUUUUCGAUGAAAUUGAUGCUAUCUGCAAAGCAAGAGGCUCUGUCGGUGGAAAUACCGGUGUUCACGACACCGUUGUCAAUCAAUUAUUGGCUAAAAUUGAUGGCGUUGAACAGCUUAAUAAUAUUUUGGUCAUUGGAAUGACAAACAGAAAAGAUAUGAUUGACGAAGCUCUUCUUCGACCUGGUAGACUUGAAGUUCAAAUGGAAAUCAGUUUACCCGAUGAAAAAGGUCGCUAUCAAAUUUUACAAAUUCAUUCCGCCCGAAUGUACGACCAUAAAAAGAUUUCGGCUGAUGUCAAUUUGGAAGAAUUAGCAGUCUUGACUAAAAAUUUCAGCGGUGCUGAAAUCGAAGGUUUAGUGCGAGCUGCUCAAUCAACUGCCAUGAAUCGUCUGAUUAAAGCAUCUAAUAAAGUCGAAGUCGAUCCUCAAGCUAUGGAAAAGUUGAAAGUUGAAAGAGAUGAUUUCUUAAACGCAUUAGAACAUGACAUCAAACCCGCUUUUGGAGCUGCUGCCGAGCAACUAGAACAUUGUCUUGCAGGAGGCGUUAUUGUUUGGGGCAACCCUGUAAGCUCAAUCUUGAAUGAUGGAGAUUUAUUAAUCAAACAGACUAAAGCUACUGAAACAUCAGGAUUAGUUUCUGUUCUCAUAGAAGGACCUCCAAAUUCCGGAAAAACCGCGUUGGCUGCGGAAUUGGCCAAAAGAUCAGAUUUUCCAUUUGUCAAAGUUUGUACUCCGGAAGAUAUGGUCGGAUUUUCUGAAUCGGCCAAAUGUCUCAGUAUUCGUAAAGUUUUUGAUGACGCCUACAGAUCUCAAUUAAGUUGUAUAUUAGUUGAUAAUAUCGAAAGAUUACUUGAUUACGGUCCUAUAGGACCUCGUUACUCCAAUUUAACUCUUCAGGCAUUAUUAGUUCUCUUGAAAAAACAACCUCCCAAAGGAAAAAAAUUAUUGGUUUUGUGUACGAGCAGUAGAAGACAAAUGUUGGAAGAUAUGGAAAUGUUAUCCGCUUUCACAUCCGUUUUGCAUGUGCCUAAUCUAAGCGAUGUUGAGCAUGUGAAAGAAGUACUUGAGCAGUCGGAUGUGUUUAAUAAGGAAGAAGUGUCGUACAUUAGGAAUAAAUUACGCAAUCGAAAGAUAUUUGUGGGAAUUAAAAAAUUGUUAUCGUUGAUCGAUAUGGCUAGACAAGUUGAUGAUGAAUUCAGAGUUACUACAUUCUUGACAAAAUUAGAAGAAGCUGAAGCAGUAGUUUAAUGUUGUUGUUUUUUUCUCAUGUUACGCGUCCAAGCUCCAAAAAAGUUUUUUUUUUUAAAUGCUUUUUUUUCUUGUUAGUUCAACAUUCCUAAUUAUUAGUUUGAUAUUUUUACCAUUUUAAUCUAGUAUUAUUAUCGUUACGCUUUUUCAAUUUUAAAAUACUUUUACUUUUUUUUAAAAUUGAAAAACGAAUAUUUUAUUCAUGAAUAUUCGCCAAUUUCAAGCACUUUCCAAUCAAAUCAGUUUAAUUUUAAUUUCCUAGCGAACGAACAUUUUUGUUGGUGAGUCGUAUAAACUCUAAAAUUGAGGGGAUAUUCUCAUUACGAGUUAGGCUAAAUUAUUUUCCAUGGUACACCGAUUCACUUGGAAGUCUAGCUUGCUCUUAUAGCCUAUGGGAUAUAUUUUAUUAGAUUUGUUGGAGUGACCGGUGCAUGAAUGUUUAUGAAAAUUUCAAAUUCAUGUUUGAUGGUUAUAAAUAUGUACUUUCCAAAUAUUCUUAUAGCACUUGAACGAACCUUCACAACUAAAAUUAUUGUUGGAUAUAUUUUCAAUCUUCAAAUAGCGUUUUGAAACAUGAUUUUAUAUAUUCUGGAACAAUCUUGUUUAUUAUUUUACAGUAUUGUAGCUAUAUUGAAAUGUAUCCGACAAAUUUGUCUAGAUGCCUUAUGCUUUCAAAACCAAACUAAAGUUCAAGUUGAAAGCAAUUCAAUGCACCGACAGCUUCAGAAAAUCUCAUCAAGUUUGCCAGUCAAAUCAUACCUCACGAUAUCGUAUUGAGAAUAUUCUCUGCUCCCGAGUCACUCAAAAAUUGACAUUUGAAAAAAGUUUUGAAGUAUAGCUGUAUUAUUAUUAUGUCGUACAGACUUCAAAGUGCAAAUUAUCCGAAUAUAAUUAUUUUUUAAAUCAUGUCCAUAAAAGCAAUAAAAUGUCAGUUAUUUUUUACUAUUCAAACAGCUUCAAGUUGUAUCUAAAAUGGGUAAUUGCGGCAUCUACCGUGUCAGCUCAAAUUCUUGGCUGGUAGCGUUACCAAAAAGUGGCCGAAUCCUCACACGACGCAAGAUGCUAAAAAUUUCCCAUUGUAGGUUACCUAUGUCAAAUAAAAGUGUGAAACGAUGAACACUUUAUUUGAUCUACCAAUUCAAAUUUAUGAAAUUUAAUCGCAGUACUUAAAAUAUUUUAUAUACAUAAUCAUUCAAAUAAAAUAUUAUUAUUGAAAAUCAGUAA